AGAUUACAGAGAAGAGGGAUAAUAGUGAGUUUAGAGAUGGAAAUUGAGGAGAUAAGCAGUGGUUCAUCACUUCCCCUCCUUUCAUUGAAUCAUAUAUCCCUGUUGUGCAGAUCUGUGUCAACUUCUGCUGCAUUUUACGAAGAGGUCUUGGGCUUUGUUGUCAUCAAACGACCCUCUUCUUUCAAUUUUAAUGGAGCCUGGUUGUUCAAUUAUGGAGUUGGGAUACACUUGCUUGAGAAUAAUUCUUCUAACGAGUAUGAUAUGCUAUUUCUCUCAAGACCCAUUAAUCCACAGGACAACCACAUUUCAUUCCAGUGCACCGACAUUGGCUUUGUUAAGAGGAGAUUGCAAGAGUUGGGGAUUAAGUACGUGACAGCAGUGGUUAAUGAAGGAAGGAUAAGGGUGGAUCAAGUGUUCUUCCAUGACCCAGAUGGAUAUAUGAUCGAGAUCUGCAACUGUGAUAAACUUCCAGUUCUUCCACUCUCCUCCCCAUUUCUACCAGAGAUUCCUAUAUCUUCCCCUUUCAAGGAGAGUAAAGGGAGUACUUGCAAGAAAAUGGUGGAUGGGUGUGGACUGAUGGAGAAUGCAAUGAUGGAGAGCUUAAGCAUGGAGAUGAUGAACUUCUCAUUUUAAGUUAUUAGAUUGUUUCAAUAGAGAACCUUUUUAUUUUUAAUC